GUGCCUCCCCUACCUGCCUAACCACGUACCCCGCCCAUACACCCACCUUCCCGGCAUGUAAGGCGUUAGUGUGUAUAUAUAGAACCCGUAAUCAUUGAUGUUACUUCUGAGGACGCACACAUUCUCCUACCAGUCUCUCACAGGAGCUCUCGUCGGCCACUGGUUCAGGAGGUGCGUUAAUCAUCAAGUGCCAUGUGUGACGACGACGCUACCGCUCUAGUCUGCGACAACGGCUCCGGCCUCUGCAAGGCUGGCUUCGCCGGUGACGACGCUCCUAGGGCUGUGUUCCCUUCCAUCGUCGGCCGCCCUCGUCACCAGGGUGUGAUGGUGGGCAUGGGUCAGAAGGACGCCUACGUCGGCGACGAGGCCCAGAGCAAGCGAGGUAUCCUGACUCUCAAGUAUCCCAUCGAGCACGGCAUCAUCACCAACUGGGACGACAUGGAGAAGAUCUGGCACCACACUUUCUACAAUGAACUCCGCAUUGCCCCUGAGGAGUCUCCAGUCCUCCUCACUGAGGCUCCCCUCAACCCCAAGGCCAACCGUGAAAAAAUGACCCAGAUUAUGUUCGAGACUUUCAGUACUCCUGCCAUGUACGUGGCCAUUCAGGCUGUGCUGUCCCUGUACGCCUCUGGCCGUACCACUGGUAUCGUGCUGGACUCUGGCGACGGCGUCACCCACACUGUGCCCAUCUAUGAAGGUUAUGCUCUCCCACACGCCAUUAUGCGUCUUGACCUGGCUGGGCGCGACCUGACUGACUACCUCAUGAGAAUUCUAACUGAGCGAGGCUACUCCUUCACCACUACCGCAGAACGUGAGAUCGUUCGUGACAUAAAAGAAAAACUAUGCUAUGUAGCUUUGGAUUUUGAAGGAGAGAUGGCUCAGGCAGCUGCCUCGACAGCCAUUGAAAAAUCUUACGAACUUCCCGAUGGUCAAGUAAUUACAAUUGGCAAUGAGAGGUUCCGUUGUCCCGAGGCACUUUACCAGCCUUCCUUCCUUGGCAUGGAAUCGUCUGGUGUUCAUGAGACCGUGUACCAGUGCAUCAUGAAGUGUGAUGUGGAUAUCAGGAAAGACCUUUACGCUAACACCGUUAUGUCUGGCGGCACCACCAUGUACCCUGGUAUUGCUGAUCGCAUGCAGAAGGAAAUCACUACUUUGGCGCCUUCGACCAUCAAGAUCAAGAUCAUUGCUCCUCCUGAGCGCAAGUACUCCGUCUGGAUCGGUGGCUCCAUUUUGGCCUCUCUCUCCACUUUCCAAUCCAUGUGGAUCACCAAGGAAGAGUACGAUGAGUCCGGCCCAGGCAUAGUUCAUCGCAAAUGCUUCUAAAUUAUACUAUUCUAUUUUUUUUACUUUACAUCUGACUCCCACCGUUUAUUUCUUUUAUUGAGAAAUAUUCUGUUCUCACUCUCCUCUCUUUAAUACAUAAUGAGUCAAAUUUCUCCCACAUUGGGCUGUAACAAGUCUGUUAAAUCUAUUUAUCUGCGCUUUAUAGAAUGAGAGACUGAAUGCAUGCGUUAUUUACAAGGGUAAGGAAUUACCACAUAAGUGUGAGUAAUUAUCCAAGUAAAAUUGUUGAAAUACAUGGAAAGAUGAACCA